AUGCAGCCUUCGUGGGUCAGUUCGCCCUUGAAACUACUUAUUCUCCUGUUGAUAUUCUUCGGUUUCAUGUAUGUAUUCUACUUGGUGGGCAUGAAGUCAGAUGAACAUGGUCCAAUAUUUGUCGUCAACUACACAUCGGUCCUUGAUAAUCAGUUGAAAGAGGUGGGCUGUUAUCGACUCAAAUAUGACCAGGUGGGUCGUCUACAGCCAUCUCUGAAUCUACUAACUUGGCCACAGUUGGAAGCCAAAUAUGCAUCUUCUCAGCCAAGGGAUUACAUUGUGCUCAACAACUCAGCAGAAAAUUCCGAUUUAAAACCUUUAUUUGGAUCACUUUACACUAGAUAUGAUGCAGCAUUGCCAAACGUUACAAGUGUAUCAAAUGAAAGUGAUGAAAGCGAAAAAGUCACCGAAAAGCACAGUUUACCUAAAAUAUGGACUCCAAUGGGUUGUUCUACUAGCAUGUCAUCAGCUAUAAUCAUUCCAUAUCGUAAUCGCGAUGAACACCUACGCAUUGUAACAAAUCAUCUACAUGCGUUUAUAAGGCACCAAAAAAUACCAUAUACCAUUUUCGUGAUUGAACAGACCGGUAAAACUAAAUUUAACCGUGGUGCUCUCUUAAAUGCUGGGUUUCUUGAGGUUUCAAAGUUGCAGGAGUAUAGCUGUUUCAUUUUACACGAUGUGGACAAACUGCCUGAAGAUGACCGUCUUACUUAUACGUGUAAUUCACGUCCGACGCACUUUUCCUCUGCACUUAGUCAGAAUGAUUACAAAGUACUGUAUAGGGAUUUUUUCGGUGGUGUUGUGGCAUUUACACGUGAACAGUUUCUGGAAAUAAAUGGAUUUUCAAACCUAUAUGAAGGAUGGGGUGGUGAGGAUGAUGAUUUAUUGACUCGAGUUAGUCAAUCCAAAUAUGGGGUAUUUCGAAUCAGUACAGAUAUUGGUCGUUACUAUACACUGAGUCAUGCCACUGAUAAGUUGAAUGAAGUCAAUCCAGACCGCUACGCAUUGUUAAAAAACGCAUCAGCACGUAUUAAAAUUGAUGGACUGAAUACAUUGGACUACAGUGUUAUCUCUUCACAAACCAUGUACAACGGUUUACUUCAUUGGAUUUCCUUGGAUAUACCAUCAGUGAGGAAGAGUCAUUUAUAG